CUGUGUUUUCUUCUGCAUUUCCGUCCGAUUGCGAUCCAAUUUGAACUAAAUAAAUAUCAGUAUUAUCACGGAGAUAAUGCCGGCCAAAAAGAGAACUGCCGCGUCGACCAGCAAAAAUAGCGAUUCGCCAUUAAGUCCGCACACAGACGAUCCAGCGUACAAAGAAAAAAGAAAGAAAAACAAUGAGGCUGUUCAGCGCACACGCGAAAAGACCAAGAAAUCGGCCGAGGAACGUAAGAAACGCAUCGAUGAUUUGAGGAAGCAAAACGAUGCUCUUAAGGUUCAGAUCGAGACGAGUGAAAAACAUAUAUCUACGCUUAGAGAUCUGAUCAUUCAGGGUGAGAAAACGGAGGACGGCCAUCGAAUCAUCCAGGAGAUUCUCGCUGAACCAGAUCCCGAUCCCAAGGACAAUGACUAACGAGGAGCUUCUCCUGAUUUACCUUCUUAUAUUUUCAUACUUUUAAGCCAUUUCCCAUGGUUGUUAACCAUGUGUAUCAUCUUAGUUUUUCGAUUAAAAUGGUGCAAUUGCUCGAAUUCUAUUACAAAGACAAGCACUCAUGCAGACGAGAACAGUGUUUGUUAAAAUCCUACAUAAAUGGUUUUCAUUAUUGGUG